CGUGCAGGAAGUGCAGGGAGGCCGCCGCCGGGACGCAAACAUCGCUCACCUUAAGGAUUAAACCUGUCGGAUUCUCCUUUACUCCACGGACAGGUCAGCUUUGGGAAUAAAAUGAAAAGCAGUUAGCGGCGGGGAGGUGGAAGGGAGCGACAGCCGCCGUCGCCACCGAAACCGGCAUCCCCGUCACUCGAGCCCCGGGCUGUGGUAGGCCUCUGGUUACGUUCGAGCCCUCCGCCUCCCGGCAGCUAACAGCCCCAAAGGACGGGAAACAGAAAGUUAAGGAAAUGGUGUGCCAAGACUGUUGCAGAUAAAAUCUGUGUGGCCUUCGUUCCUUGUCUCUGGUACUACACACAUUUAGAACUGUACAACAUGCAGCUGGAUAGUGCCUAAUGCUUGAAGUGCUUUGUGUCAUGGACGGGCCGAAUUACCAGCAGAACCAUCAAACUGACACUGCAAUGUAUGGUCUGCAAAAUAUCCCAGCCCAGUUCUGCCCUUCAGAGAAUCAACUACUGCAUUCUAACUUCGAUCUAUGGAACCAUUUUGUAUACCCCUCUUCAGCAUUUCCUUCUGCACCAUCUCCACAUGAUACCCGGCAGUUAAUUAGUUCAUCAAAUGAAGCAUAUUCAGAUGCCUUUUCCAUUAAUGGUCAAAACUAUGAAGAUCCAAGUUUGGAACCGUUAAAUAUGUGUAUGUUCCAAACUAGAAAUGGUGAACAAAUGCAGGAUAUAAGUUACAUUGAUGAUAGUGUCCUUUUCUCCUCACCUGAAUCACUGCCUGAUAUAGCCGAUACUGAUGAUUUUAAUCUUGAUGUUCUUACUCCGAGCCUUUGGGACGCAAGGCUUGAGCUUCCCCUUCCACCUCCAACUCAGUCAUUUUCAAAUCACCUGCAAAUCAGCAAUGGCUUGACACAUUCUUUUCAGACAUCAAUACAGCUGGAAGAAGAAGAAGAAUCUGAUGAGGAGCCUGAGGAAUUGGGGCAUGCAGAAACAUAUGCAGACUAUGUACCUUCCAAAUCUAAAAUUGGAAUUAACCACCCAGACAGGGUGGUUGAAACAAGUACACUGUCUAGUGUACCACCUCCAAACAUCAGAUACACCCUUCACCUUCCUCCAGCGACAAUUUCAAAUGGCGCACUGUCUGCACUACAACUAGAAGCAAUCAUCUAUGCAUGUCAGCAACAUGAAAUCUUGUUGGAAAAUAACCAUCGUGCAGGGUUUCUUAUUGGUGAUGGGGCUGGUGUCGGAAAAGGAAGAACUGUGGCUGGCAUCAUUUAUGAAAAUUACAUAAGGGGCAGAAAGAAAUCAUUGUGGUUCAGUGUCUCCAAUGAUCUGAAAUAUGAUGCUGAACGUGAUCUUAGAGAUAUCGCUGCAAAAAUUCCAGUGCAUGCUCUCAACAAGAUAAAGUAUGGUGAUACAGCUACUUCAGAAGGUGUUUUGUUUGCAACCUACUCGGCACUAAUUGGUGAAAGUCAAGCUGGUGGCCAACAUAGAACAAGGCUAAAGCAGAUUCUGGAUUGGUGUGGAGAACACUUUGAUGGAGUUAUCGUAUUUGACGAAUGUCACAAAGCAAAAAAUGUCUGUUUGAAUGGCAGUACCAAGUCCACAAAAACAGGUCUGGCUGUCCUGGAGCUUCAAAACAGACUUCCAUACGCAAGAGUCGUUUAUGCCAGUGCAACAGGUGCCUCAGAGCCAAAGAACAUGGCUUAUAUGUGCCGUUUAGGUAUUUGGGGAGAAGGCACACCAUUCCGUCAGUUUGAGGAUUUUCUCCGCGCUAUUGAGAAGCGUGGUGUUGGUGCAAUGGAAAUUGUUGCUAUGGAUAUGAAAGUUAGUGGCAUGUAUAUUGCAAGGCAACUGAGCUUCGCUGGAGUGACAUUCAGAAUAGAAGAAAUACCUCUUGAUGAAAAUUUCAAACUUGUAUACAACAAAGCAGCUGUGCUGUGGGCUGAAGCAAUGAAUGUAUUUCAACAUGCAGCAGAACUAAUUGGCUUGGAGUCCAGAAAAUCUCUGUGGGGGCAGUUUUGGUCUGCACAUCAACGCUUCUUCAAGUAUCUGUGUAUUGCUGCUAAAGUUAGACGUUUAGUAGAAAUAGGCAGGCUUGAGCAGCAGAAAGGCAAGUGCAUUGUUAUAGGACUGCAGUCCACGGGUGAAGCUCGGACACGAGAAGUACUUGAUGAGAAUGAUGGCCAUCUUAACCAAUUUGUAUCUGCUGCAGAAGGCGUCUUUAAGUCACUAAUUCAGAAGCACUUUCCUUCAACAAAGCGAAAGAAAGAAAAGGGAGCUGGAAUAAAAAGGAAACGAAAGCAACGAGGCCGGCCCUCGAAACAAGUUAGAAGUGUUCAGGAUUGUGUCUACUUGUCAAAAAGUAGCGACGACAGCAGCUGUGAUUCUGACCUUGAGACUGACAGUGAUUUAAACUCAUCACCUGCAUCUGCCAUAGAGAUAUCUGAAGAGAAUGAUGUCAUUUCUAUGGAUCCUCCCUUAAAUGGUUUUCUGUCUACGGAAAAAGCAGCAACACUAGAAUUUGUAGAAAAAAUGAAAGGAGAUCUGCUGGCAAAGGUGGAAGUACUAGGAAAAGAACUACCUCUAAAUACACUGGAUGAACUGAUUGACUUGUUUGGUGGACCUGAGCAUGUGGCUGAGAUGACUGGAAGAAAGGGGCGUGUUGUUCGCAAGUCAGAUGGCUCUGUUUGCUAUGAGUCCAGAGCAGAACAAAACUUGUCCAUUGACCACGUGAAUUUAAAGGAGAAGGAGCGAUUUAUGGAUGGGGAUAAGUUGGUAGCUAUCAUCUCUGAAGCAGCCAGUUCAGGAAUUUCACUGCAGGCUGACAAAAGAAUAAAGAACCAACGAAGGAGAGUACAUAUGACCCUGGAAUUGCCUUGGAGUGCAGAUCGCGCUAUCCAACAGUUUGGUCGUACUCACAGGUCAAAUCAAGUAUCUGCUCCAGAAUAUAUAUUUCUCAUCUCUGAGCUUGCAGGAGAAAGGAGAUUUGCCUCCAUUGUUGCAAAGCGCUUAGAGAGUCUGGGUGCUUUGACUCAUGGUGAUCGGAGGGCAACAGAAUCCAGAGACCUUAGCAAAUAUAACUUUGAUAACAAGUAUGGAACCAAGGCAUUGGAUAAGGUGAUUAAAACCAUAUUAGGUCAGGUUGAAAGUGAAGUACAACCACCACAUGAUUAUGUUGGAGGCCCUAAAAUUUUCAUCGAAGACAUGAGGGUUGGAUUGAUGGCUGUUGGAGUAUUCUGCAAAGAAAACCGCUAUGGAUAUGUAAAUGUGGAAAAAGACUGCAGUAUCUCAAAGUUCCUGAAUCGGAUUCUUGGUCUCGAGGUUCACAAGCAAAAUGCACUUUUUCAAUAUUUUACCGACACAUUUGACUUUCUUAUUGAGAAGGACAAAAAAGAAGGAAAAUACGACAUGGGAAUUCUAGAUCUAGCUCCAGGUGUGGAAGAGAUAUAUGAGGAACGGCAAGAAGUAUUCCUUACACCAGGACAUCCACAGGAUGGGCAAGUGGUUCUUUAUAAGAUAAGUGUGGAUAGAGGCAUGCCAUGGGAAGAAGCUUAUCAGAAGUCCCUCACCUUGACUGGAGAUAAUGAUGGCUUUUACAUUUCACACAGGCUCAGGGGAAACGAGCCUUUUGCACUUUUGGCUGAGCAGAUUAAUGUAAAAUCUUACGUGUUGUAUAAACCAAAUAUUGGAAAACAAACGCAACUAGAAAGCUUUGAUAACUUGCGAAGGAAAUACAAAAGAGUCAAUCCAGAAGAGGCCAAAGAAUUUUGGGAAAGCCUGUAUAAUUUUGCCUUCCAGAAAUGCUGCCAUUCAACUUUGAAUAGGAAGUGUAAGAUAGUGCAACAGGGGAAGGAGUGUUUUCAAGGCAUGCGGCUACGUCAUUACUACAUGUUGUGUGGAGCUCUAUUACGGGUUUGGAACAAAGUUGGAAACAUUAUGUCUGAUGUUACGAAUUCCAGUCACUUACAAAUUGUUCGUCUCAAAACCAAGGAGCAAAAAAAGCAAGUUGGUAUAAAGAUUCCUGAAGCCUGUGUCUACAACGUCAUUGAAGAGCUAAAGAAAAUGGAUUUUGCAGUAAAGAAAAAGCAGGAGGAGAGCAGACUGGCAAGCCAAGUACUGCAGAUGUAUCAGAAUGAACCAGCAGACAGUUUAGCUCCAACACAGUCCUUUAACAGCGGUGGUCAAAUCUUACCAGAUACUUUUGACCCUGUCCGCGUUUUACAGGAGUUGUUAGGGUUUGAUUACGGUCAAUACGGAGAACAGGAACAGAUGCCAACUCAAGAUAGACAAAGCGUUAUUCAGUAUGGGCAACCAUCACAUAUCUGGGAAGCUGGCUGAAUUGCAAGAGCCCGGCAUGCUGCUAUGCUAAAGUGCCUGUCGCCAGUCAAAACCCUACGUAUCCUAUUGACGUGCAGGCUGAAAAUUGACUAUGUCAUAGAUUUUCCCUUCAGUGAUACUGCCUACAGAAAGACCACAACUGGGACACAAAUGCAUUCUUCAAUCAUGUGAGCCUUGAAGGUACAUCUCUUCAACCUUUGAAUUUUUGACAUGACAUUAUCAAGAGCUGACAUGUUUCUUCACUUCUCGUCCCCUCCUGCGCGUUGGUACUGUUCGGUGCACUUGCUCGAUGGCAUGUGUCCAAGGGAUGAGUCCUCAGCAGGGAAUUUGCACAGUUAAAAAUCUAUGAGAAGGGAGAAUUGUACAAAAACUAACAGAUAAUAGGGGAUUCAGUGGUUGAAAAUAAAGUUUGUCCCAACCCAGUGAAAAGGAAAGGCGGCCUUCCCAGCACUUGCCGUUUGGGAAGUGCCUGGAAAAGCUGUGUUUCUGAGGAACAGUACCAUUUUCUCUGCUGUCAAAUAACUGCUGUUCUGCACAUCUUUUACAUAACACUUUUCUAAGGGGCUUAAAUAAGCACUUAACAGCAGUGUAAUUAGUGUGUUAUUCAUGUAGUAUUAUGCUUUAACAAAGUACAACAUUGCAAUGUACAACUAUAUGACUGUAAAUAUAAACUCCAUUAUCUUUUACAAAGAUCACAAAAGGUUUUAUACCACAAUUAGUCUGGAAACUGGUGGUAUUUUUCAUAUCACCACAUUUAUCAUAAAGAUUGUAAAUUUUGUUUCUAAAUUAUAUAUUUUAAGCAUGUAAUAUAAAUAUAUGUUGUGGAAGUCAGCAAGGCGUGAUAAAUAUCUCAAAGUUAUGGACUCUCCCUGACCUGUAGAUAUUAGUCAUAUCACUUGCUGACUCUGACAUAAGAUGUUCAGCUGUAAUGAAACAACUAUGCAAUAGCUUACAGAAAGUGCUGGUUAAAGUCUUGUUAUCUGCUUACAUAUGUUCCCCUUGAAAUACUUACUUUAAUGUCAAGAAAUCAGUCUUGUGUAGACCCACUCCAGAUGAAUGGAAGUUUACAGCCCAUAGAUGUGCUUUUGGGAUUUGCAAGAUUAUAGUGGGUUUGUUUUCUGUAUCUUACUCCAAGUGGGACAAAUUAACUUAUGGUGAGAGACGGCUUUUUGAUUGAAAAUUAAAUUGUCAAGAAUCUGAGUUCUAGCAGAAUGGGGAAUCUUUUAACUUGUUUUUACUCCUCUUCAAAUUAGAGCAAGAUUUUAUGUUAUUUAAUUUACUUAUUUUAUCUAUUGCAUCCUUUAAUCAAACAGCUCUUGGCUGUACUGUCUUGAUCAGAGAAAUGCCAUAGAAAGUUCUUUGUUAUCUUUCUCUCCUCACUGGCAGUGCCACCAUAGAGCUCAUCAGAUGUUUUAAAUUCACAGACUCUAAGAUGGAAGAUUUUUUUUAAUAUAAGAUGAAAUCUGUUGCUCAGGUUAUUGUAUCAGUAUUGGUAUUGUAAACCUACCAAUCCAUUUGGAGUGACCCAAAGACUAGUUUUAUGAAAGUCAGGUACCUUGCCUCAUAUAAAAAGUUCCUUCACUGUUCAGCCAUUCAAAACUAAGGAGUAAUCAUCGGGAGGAAGAAGCAUUUCUCGACAUUAGUAAUUCUUGUGUUGACUUAAAUCAAACACUUAAAGCACUUGCUCAGGUACAGUGAAAUUAUGAUCUAGUAGGUAUGGACUGGAAGGACAUAAACUCAAAAUUGUAGAUUUAAAUCCAUCUGACACAACAUUAGCACCAUAGCUGCCUACAAUUUUUCAGUAAAACUGACAUUUUGUACAUGAAAUACUCUACAAAUGGAACUCAAACCUGUGUUACAUAAUUCAAACUAUAUGGUAAAAAUGCAAGGAUUACAGUGAAACAAUUGAUCCAACUCGCUCCUCUUUGAUUACUUCAGAGUUCUAAUGGAUGUAAAUUCAGGCAAACAGAAACUUUUUCUUUGAAGCAUAUUAAACACAUCAUGGUAGUAGUACUGUUUAAGAAAGACUUGGAUGUUGGAUGAGACCAAAACCAUUUGCGGAUGGGAUAUCCAGAGUGAAUAGUGAUCUUUAACUGUCAACCAACAAAAGUGACAAAUGUGAACCCCUUGUUUCACUAUGCGGGAGAGUUGUGUGUCAUAGCUCUUCUCCUGUCAACAACAUCUAUUACACAUAACUUAAUAAUUGGAAGUAAUGUUACUUGGUCAAGAAAAGCUCAUUAGACAAGUUGAUUAGAAGAUGAACCAUCAAAUUAGAUUUGGUUGUAUUUGUCCGUAGUUGAUACUAAGUUCACUAUUUAAUGGAUCAAAAACAUCUGACCUAUUUAAUAAAUUAUAAGCAUAAAGCCCAGAACAUCAUUGCCAGCAUCCUGAAUGCUUCAAUGCACUUUGAAGCUUGACAUUAGUCAGUCAACAGCCAACAUACCUGCUCACAUCUGCAUUUUAACAUACAGAAAGGAACGUCUAAUACAGGUGAUGUGCGCAUUGGCAGGAUCAAGAUGGUGAAAGAGGGAAGAUGUAUGUAAUGUUUUCUGACUAGAAGCACCCAACAUUAAAAGUUCCAUUAGGUAAUUGUUGACUAAUUUUUAAAAAAUAUCAGGGACUGCUGUAAAGCUUAAAAACUGCUUUAAUCUGCCAUUAGAAUUUUGGAUGCACUAGAUUAUUAGAAUCCAGAGAAUAUUGUUAUUGUGGCCUCACAUUACUACUCUCAUUGAGUACUCUAACUAAGAUAGGACACAUACCAAAGUAUUCACCAUCUUUUAAAUUACCUGCUAUAAAAUCUCUUUGCCUCAGGAACUGAUCCAAUGGCCCUUUUCUAUCUUUUUUUUAUCAGGGUUGUCUGCAUGAAUUGAGAUUCAUGUUGCUUUUUGUUCGUUAAACAGUAGAUUUUGACUUUUUUACAUAAAUUAUUUUGUUAACCAAUAUGGUUCUAUUGAUUGUAGCUAUUGUAUAUGCUGUGGGUAUCUGUAAACAAUGCAAGCACUUUUGCCUACUUACAACUUACUGGGUUGUCUUUGUUUUCUAUUUGUAUUUAUAAAUGUAGGAAAUGAAGCAGUAUAUAUGUAAAAAUAUCAAAAUGUGCCUUAAACUAAUUAUUCUUAAUUUUCUACUUUCAAGGAAGGAAUAUAGUAGCAUGCUUUCAUUUUUAUGAUAAAUAAUAAAAACUACAAUUAUCUUUUUUUACAACUUGCAUUUCACUGUCUCCAAAUAUGUGCUUGUUGGCAAUAACUUUUCUGUAAUGUUUUAAAAGAAUGUCUACCAGAUAUAUAACAGUUGCUUUUCUAGUACCAGUACCUUGCCAAAUCCCACAAGACAGUUGCACUACACAUCUAUGUAACCAAACUAAACGUCCUCAUUUUUUAAAAAAUGGUAUUACUGUAUAGCAUAAA